AAGGGGUGACAGUCGGAAAGCGGAAGCCUGGCUUCAGCCUAGCGCGAAUUUUCUUCCUUGAGUCUCUCAACUUUGUCUGUGUAUCGUCCGCCUCGUCUCAGCGGGUCACGGCGAGUGGAAGAGCCGACGAGACCCGAGGAGCGGUCGUCAGAGAGCGGGGAGUCCGAGUGCCUCUCGUCUGCCUCUCUACCAGCUUGAAUGAGAACUUCUGUGCUCUCGUUAGCUUGUGCUGCUGCAGCUAGCUGCUGUCGCUAAUCAGCGGCCCACACUUGAGCCGAUGCGUCGGAGCCGCAGGCGUCACUCAUCUGAGCCGUGAUUACAGACGAGCGAUGGCGGAGCGCGGAGAUGUGAUGGUCGGUGAUCUGGAGGACGGGGAGAUCUCCGAGUCCGGCUCGGACGCGGAGAUGGGGACCGCAGCGGCGGAAGCACAAGGUCGACCCCUGGUUCCUCCUGCCUUCAGCGGCCAGUCCUUCCAGAACAGAGCCGCCGCCCAGGCCCCUGCCGCCGCCUACCGCGGCGCCGGUGGGACGGUGGAGUCCAGCGACAGUGACCUGGAUUCGUCGGACGAGGAGGCGGCAGUUUGGCGCCGGAAGCGCCAGAAAGUGUCUCCACAGCCUCCCGCCUGCACCGCCCGCCCGGGGCCCACGCGCCUGCCCGCCCCCAGCGCGACGGGAGGCCGCAAGGUGAACAACAUUUGGGGCUCCGUGGUGCAGGAGCAGUGCCAGGACGCCAUCACUGCAGAGCUCGGCAUAUUUGGCAUGGAAGGUGAAAUUAGCAUGUCCAGCAGAAAUGUGGAGACCUAUAACUUUGUCCUGGCUCGUAAGCUGAUGGAGAAGGAGAGGCAGAAGGAGAUGCUGUCAAAGGAUGAAGGAGAAGUGACCAUGCUGGACACCCAGCUGGAGGAGUACAUGCAGGGCCGGUGCUCCGAGGAGGGGCCGGGAGGUGAUGCGAAGAGGAAGAGGCCAGCCAAAGACCGACUGGGCCCCAGGGCCGAGAUGGACAUCAAGGGCAGGUAUGAGAUCACAGAGGACGACCCGGAGGACAAAGUGGCAGAUGAGAUUGCACACAGGCUGCAGGAGCCCAAAGCAGACCUGAUAGAGCGCAUUGUCAAAGUCGUCGGAGCCAAAAAAGCCAUAGAACUGCUCGGAGAGACGGCCACGCUGGAGGAGAGCGGCGGGGUGUUCACCAUGGACGGCAGCAGGCGGCGGACGCCUGGUGGGGUGUACCUCAACCUGCUGAAGAACACGCCCAGCGUCACCAAGUCCCAAAUCAGAAAGAUCUUCAUCGAGGAAAACCUGAAAGAUCACAAGAGCAAGAAAGCUGCUCAGAAGAGGAGGCGGCACCUGGUGGCCAAGAAGAUGAAGCAGGCCAUCGGCACGCUGAACCUGCAGGAGCACGACGACGUCUCCAGGGAGACCUUCGCCAGCGACACCAACGAGGCCUUGGAGUCCCUGGAGGACGCCGCGGACGAGGAAGAGGAGGCUCAGGGGGAAGCUGCUGUGGGGACGGAGGACACGGCUGUGGUCUACAACUCUGCAGACCUGGAGGUCUUCUGACGGCCGAACGCUCAGAGGUCGGAAAGAAGACCACUUCACAGAACUGUAUGAGCGAUGAGGCUUGCACGUUAGCUUGAUUUGUGACACGAAUGUUGUUUGCCUUUAAUUCAAAUUCUGAAUCAUCUGUUUGUUUUUCAUUUCUCUCUAUAAUGUUCAUGAUGGGAAAGAGAAGUUUUGAGUUAUUAAAUUUGUUUAUCGGCAUCUGGAAUGUUAAUAAAGUUGACUCCUUGAGAGAAAAAGAAUA